AUGACUACAUCUUGUUUUGAGAAGUUCUCUAAUCAGUGUUUAAGUAAAACUAGUGGUUUACUGUUAACAUUUUCAUCAAUAAAGGAAAUGAGAGGAACUGGACGAGGUAAAAGCGGGAGAGGCGGGGCAGGCUGUGGACGUGGAAAUUUUCGAGGACGUGGAAAUUCUGGAACGACGUCUCAACCACAAAUACAAUCAAUAGGGAUUAACGAGGUACCUUUGGAGAUAGGACAAUCAAGUAACCCAAGUCAAGGAACUCUACAGUCCGGACAAAUAUCAUGUAACCCUCUCCAAAGAACAUCUCCAGAGACACAAUCAUCAAGGAAUCUAGAAGAAAAUGCAUGCCCCUCUCCAGAGGCUGAAAAUGCUGCAGUUUCUCGCAUCAAUAAAAAGAGAGGAAGGGGAAAAUAUAAAUCUAAAACAGUAGAUAUAAAAACUAAGUAUGGAGGAAAAAUCACAAUAAUGAUUCCAGAUGACAUUGAUAGAGCUGUGGGUUCCGGGGCUAGAGAUAUUGUUAAUUACUCUGGUUUGAUCAUGAGGACCUAUAUGUCGUUCCGAGAGGGAAAAUGGCAAAAGAUUGUUUUGAAAUACGGAGAAGCAAUGUGGUUACAGGUCAAGAACAAAUUUGAAGUUUGUGGCGGGUUGCGAGAGCAUAAGUUGCAAGGCUUUGUGAUAAGUAGUAUGCAAAGGCUUUUUAGAGCAUGGAAAGCUCGAUUGCACACUGAUUACCUCCGUUAUUCUACUGAUGAAGAAAGAUUGUCUCAUCGACCCGAGGAUGUUCAGUUGGAGGACUGGAAAUACCUAGUAAAGUAUUUUGGAAGUGAGGAAUUCAAGGUUGUCAGUGAGAGAAACAAAAGAAAUAGGGCAAAGCAAAUAACUAAGCAUGCUUGUGGUACAAGGUCUUUUGCAGAAGUAGAAGAAUCUACGAGAGAUCCGGUUUCUGGAGAAAAGGACACACCAGAUAAAGUGUGGGAGAUCCAACAUACACAUAAGAAUGUUAACGGAGAACGGGUGUGGUUGGAUUCAAAAUCCCAACAAAUUCAUGGCCAGCUUCAGCAACUUGUUGUUGAACAACAAUCUGAAGAGGUUGAGCAUCCCAUGACUAGAGAAGAGAUGUAUUCAUCCAUUCUUGGUCAGAGAUCAGGCUAUGUUCGUGGUUUUGGAUAUGGAAAGAAGCCUCCCAGAAAGACUCAAAUGCAGCAGGAAAACAUAGAAGCUAGCGUGUCUUCUGCGAUGGAAAUUAUGCGUCAAGAGAUGCAAGCUGAUAUGGACCGGAAGUUCCAAGAAGAACUGAACCGAAAGUUGCAAGAAGAAAAUGAACAGAUGGCUAUCGACUUAAAAAGAGAGAUGGAAGAAGAUUUGCAAAAAACAUUGGAAGAGGAGCGUGCACACAUGAGAGGAGAAUUUGACAAGAUGAUCCAAGACCAAAUGGCUGCUUUCAUGACUAGAAUUCUACAGGUACUUGCUCUUGACAAUUCUUCUUUCUUACUUUUGAAAAUUAUUUUGUGUCUUGAUCCAUAUAAGUUGUUGGAUAGUUCCUCUAAAUCUUAUUUUCUAGCAGAAUUUUGUAUUUCGCUGCUACUAAAGUUCUGUUACAAUUUCAAGUUGCUGAUUUUAGAACAGCAACAAAAUGCUGCCUUUAUGCACACCUUGUGGCAAACACCUUGUGUACCAACAGCAACAACCAAGGCUACAAAGUGCCAGCACCAGGCUGCUCCUCUAAUGCUUUUUGUAGUUUUUCCAUAUUCUAAUUUGUCUCUAAUGCUCUUGGAAUGGGUUGGAUUUAACUGGAAACAGCUAAUAAGUGAAUUUAUGAAGAAAGAAGAUAUUAGCUAUGUUCUGAGCCAUCUUUGUGGCAUUUUGAGCCAAUUUGUGACUUCAUGCUUGGCUGCACCAGGAGAAAAGGAUAAUCUGGUUCAUUUUGAAUGUGUUGCUGAUCAUCAGUUUGCUGCCUUCUUUAAAGAGCAUUCCUAUGCCAUGAUGGAAGCUGACUCUCACACUUUGUGUGAUUGA